AUGUCCUCGAAAAAUAUCAUGACCUGCCCGCUGUGCGGCUUCAAGACAGAUGUAGAGUACACCAUACUGCUUCACAUGGAAGAGUCCCAUUCCGAAGGACAAUCCCCAUUUGUGGCAGAUUCCGGCCCAAGUGUAUCCGGGACUGAGGAGAGUCGGCCUGUGGGGCGGGAGGCAGGCAGCGAUGAGGAUGUUGGACUCUUUAUGGAAUGCCCUAUCGAUGGGUGUCUCGAGCAAAUCAGUCUAGCUGAACUGGCAGACCACAUAGAUCUUCAUGCAUUAGAGGAAAAUGAUGAGCUGGCUUCUGAUGCUGGCACGGCUGAUGCUACGCCCGUCCUCGGCAAUACCGAUGGGCGGGAAUAUCGAUCUCCAUACUCUAGUCCGGAAGAUAUAGCUCAGUCAACUCACGGAUAUGAACGCGAGCGAGCACGGCCGCCGGUCAACCACGAUAGCACCGUAGAUGCGUGGAAAAAGAUAUUCAAUCGGAGACAUCUCAAGAAACCGGCGGACUGGGAAAACAGACCAGGUGAUGGGAAGGGGCUGCGGAAGCGCCUGGGUGUUUCCGAGCUGGGUAAGCAUGCCUACGAGCAUCAAAUGCCAGAUUCACUUGUUGCAUUGCUUCGGAAGCGGAAAUAUACGAGUGCUGAAGGCAUAAUACCAGUACUCGCGAGACUUUUGGAGCAAAGCCCCUCGACAGAGUACGCGUACUUAUGUCACCCGGCUGUGCAGCACAUCUCCAAGCUACGAGGGGAAGGUGGUUUUUGCGGCUACCGCAACAUUCAAAUGCUGUCGUCGUACAUCGUAGGUGCUCGUGUCAAGGGCGCAGAGGUUCUCGGUGAGAGGAUCCCGAGCAUAUUUCGGAUACAGGAUUAUAUCGAGAGCGCAUGGGACAUGGGUAUCAACGCCUCGGGUAGGAUAGAAACCGGCGGUGUGAAGGGAACGAGGAAAUAUAUUGGAACUCCAGAGGCGCAAGCCAUGUUCAUCAGCCUUCAAAUUCCUUGCGAAGCAGAAGGAUUCAAAUCCCCCAAAGAAGGUGUAGCCGAAGCAGCACUUUUCGCGUCCGUGCAGAAAUACUUCGAAAAUGCUGCCUUUGACUCGCGGGAUAAAGUCCGCUGCACCGAGUUACCGCCCAUCUACUUCCAGCAUCGUGGCCACAGCUUGACCAUAGUGGGCCUUGAACGCCGUGCUUCCGGGUCUCUCAAGCUGCUCGUCUUUGAUCCUAUGUUUCACGACCCGGAGGGCGUGGUCCGGCUUGCAGGAAAGACUGCCGCUGCCCAUCAUGAUAACAGCGCGAGGGAUACUGAUAGGAAUCAUAAGAUCCGGAACCGCAUAAUACACCGCAAUCCCGAUGGCGCCUUGAGAUUGUACCGUAGGGGAAACAAUUACUUGAGGAAGUACCGGGAAUUCGAGCUCUUGAGGUAA